CAAAUGCGUCCCAUGCAAGCCAUAUAUAUAUUGCCCCGCAGAUGUUCAGAACGGCCUCAGACCUUCAGUGGAUCUAAGAGUCCUAUCCUCACAAUCGAACAGCCUCGCGCACUAUGUCCAGAAUCUGGUUCCCCGCCCCAGAGCCCCCGACCAAGCUCGGCCGCUAUCGCCAGCUCUCGCCGCUCGCCGGCGUGCGUGUCUCCCCCAUCUGCUUCGGGGCGAUGAGCAUCGGGGACAAGUGGGAGAAAUACGGCAUGGGCGCGAUGAAUAAAGAGUCGAGUUUCGCGCUCCUCGAUGCGUUCUACGAGGCCGGGGGCAACUUCAUCGAUACCGCGAACGCCUAUCAGGACGAGUCCUCUGAGGAGUUUAUUGGAGAGUGGAUGGAGAAGCGCGGCAUCCGGGACCAGAUGGUCAUCGCGACCAAGUACACGACUAAUUUCAAGAGGAGCGCGGAGGACAUCAAGCAAAAGGUGCACUACACGGGCAACAACCUCAAGGCGAUGCACAUCUCCGUCGAGGCGUCGCUGAAGAAGUUGCGCACUGACUACAUCGACAUCCUCUACGUCCACUGGUGGGACUGGGACACCUCCGUGGAAGAGGUUAUGAACGGCCUCCACAACCUCGUGACGUCAGGGAAGGUUUUGUACUUGGGUAUCUCGGACACCCCAGCGUGGAUCGUGUCGAAGGCGAACCUGUAUGCACGACUCAUGGGCAAGACUCCGUUCGUCAUCUAUCAGGGCGCGUGGAGCAUCCUCCAGCGCGACUUCGAGCGCGACAUCAUCCCCAUGGCCCGUGCUGAAGGGCUUGCCCUGGCGCCCUGGAACGUCCUCGCGGCAGGCAGGAUCCGCACGGACGAAGAGGAAGAGCGCCGCCGCCAGACGGGCGAGCUCGGGCGCACAAUCUUCCGCCCCGGAUGGGAGCGCACGGAGAGCGAGCGCACUCUGUGCAAGGCACUCGAGGAGGUGCAGAAGCAGGUGGGCGCGAAGAGCAUCCAGGCGGUCGCGAUCGCGUACGUGAUGCAGAAGACUCCCUAUGUGUUCCCGAUCAUCGGGUGCAGAAAGACGGAGCAGCUGCAGGCGAACAUCGAGGCGCUGGACGUGAAGCUCACCGAGGAGCACAUCAAGUUCUUGGAGGGCGUGCUGCCGUUCGACGCGGGGUUCCCCAGCACGAUGGUGGGCGACGGCACGGAGUAUAUCCUGAUGACGCGUUCGGCGGGCAACUUCGACAAGUGGCCGAGGGCUCAGGCUAUCCGUCCCUGAGAGAAGCUGAUGAUUCGCAGAGCGGGUUGAGUGUGUUCCUGCCGCAGUCGAGUGGACAUACUAUGUUAUCACGGAGACCAGUUCCAAAUAUUCGUCGGUUGCAAAAUGUGAGAGAGCAAGCUGUCCUUUCUCGGGAGGUCGUCAGACAGAAUACUCCGUGUCAUAACCUCCGUGUAUGUACUACAUACUGGCCACAAGAGUCGUAUUGGCUCCGACGUCGUCAAUUUGAAUCC